AUGACGCAGGCGGCGCUGCUCCCGCGUGCAUCCGGCGGCUGCGAGGCGCUGGGCCGACCGACACCCAUCACGCGUGAUGAGGACAUUACAAGAGUAUGCAUACGGCCAAACAUAGUGAAUGGUGUGAAGAUGAAGGAGUCCAACAAGGUGGCCAUUGCUGUGUGCGAGUAUGAUCUCGCCUUACGUGAGGAUAAGCCAGCAUCGCCCACUGAUCCCAAUGGUGAUCGGACUGCCAUUGAGAAGUGGGAGAGAUGUAAUAGGUUGGCAACUAUGAUCAUUAAGCAAACGAUCACGCCUGCCAUCUGUGGUGCUAUUCUUGAUAAGGACCAGGCUGUUAAUGAUCUAACAGCCAAGGAAUAUCUCGCUAAGGUGGAAGAGAAUUUCAAGAUCUCUUCCAAGACUUAUGCUAGCACUCUCAUUAUGAAGAUGCUGACUUCACAGUAUGAUGGGCAAAGUGGAAUCAGGGAGCACAUUAUGAGCAUGUGUGACGUGGCCAAUAAGCUGAAGACACUGGAUAUGGCUAUCUCUGAUGGUUUUCUGGUGCACUACAUUAUGACUUCACUUCCUACACAGUAUAGUCCCUUCAAAAUAAGUUAA